AUGUCUCGACCGGGUGAUAGGCCGAACCAAGCCCAAACAUACAAACUUGUGGUCGUCGGCGGCGGCGGUGUGGGAAAAAGUGCAAUCACAAUACAAUUUAUUCAGAGCUACUUCGUGACAGACUAUGACCCCACCAUCGAGGACAGUUACACCAAGCAGUGUGUCAUCGACGAUGUGCCGGCGAAACUGGACAUUCUCGACACAGCCGGCCAGGAGGAGUUCAGUGCGAUGAGAGAGCAGUACAUGAGGUCCGGUGAGGGUUUCCUCCUAGUCUUCUCAGUGGCUGACCACGCUAGCUUCGACGAGCUUUACAAAUUCCACAAGCAGAUCCUCCGCGUCAAAGAUCGGGAUGAGUUCCCCAUGCUUCUGGUCGGAAACAAAGCUGAUUUGGAACACCAAAGAGUGGUGUCACUGGAAGAGGCACAAGCCUUGUCGCGUCAACUCAAAGUUCCAUACAUUGAGUGCAGUGCGAAAGCGCGCAUGAACGUCGACCAAGCGUUCCACGAACUGGUCAGAUUAGUGCGUCGCUUCCAGGAGGCUGAACGCAUCAACAUCAAGUCAGACUACGGAAGCGGCAAAAAGAAAAAAUGCACCAUCCUGUAA